UUGAAUUUAAAAAUAAAAUUGUUUCAUGAAGCAUUAUUGAUAUUAUUACUAUGUGUAUUAAUUUUACUUAUGGCUAAGUAGCUUAUAUUCUACUGUUGUGAACUACUUGUAACAUUUUUAAACUACAUCAUAAUGUCAAUUCCAACUGAUUUACAAAAUCAGCCAAUGCAUCAAACACCAAAUUCUAAUCAACAAAAUAUGCAAAAAAAUGUUCCUCCAAAAUUUGAUCCUGAAUUGAUUACACCGUUAUAUGAUAUAAAUGAUUUGUAUCAAAAUGCUAAAUGUUUUCAAAAUUAUCCAGAAUUUAGCAAUAAAACAAAAAAACAAAAGUCAAAGAAAAAUGACAAAUUACAAAUCACAACACAAUUUUUAUUUGGUCAUCAUAUGCCACCAUAUUACUCGGUAUUAAAUCAUACACUAAUGAAUAAAUUGGUAAUGCACUUAAAGAAUCCUAAUGCUCCUACUGCUAAAAUACUCAACUUGCAUAAAGAAAUUAUUGAACAUGAACGAGAAAUGUUUGGGGAUUGGCUUUCAAACCUUUGGGAAGAAAAUUUGAAAAAUCGUCGACUCAAUUCUAUACCGUUUAUUGAGAAUUAUAUUAAAUCUGCUUGUAAUUUUUCAAAUGAGUAUAUUAAAUCACAUUAUAGUGGUACAUAUAGCUCAAAAAUGAAGAUUGACUAUAAUAUAAGAGAUGAAGUUGAAGUGAAUAAAGUUGAAAUGAUAUAUUGUGAAAGAAUACAGUCUGCUAAAGUGAAUUCAAUUAAUCUUCCUUUAGUAAUUGAUAUUGAAAAUCCAGAAACAAAAGUUUCUUUUACAGAUGGUGUAUUUGAUCCACCACAAAAAAUUCCUUUCAUAGAAGAUGAAUGUUGUCGUACACUGUCAAAAAACCAUAAUAUUAAUGUUAACAUAUGUUUAAGUAGUAUGAAAAAUUUAAUGAAUCUAGAAAAACCUAAUAGUUUAUGGAUUAUUCCUGUCAAUAUAGAUAUUGAUGAUAAUGAGUGUAAAACAGUUUAUGUUGGAGGAGCAUUAUGUACAGGACAUUUCUCUCAGCAAGAAAAAAGUUUGUACUAUCUCAGAAAAGAACUGAAAAAAAAAUUCAUAAAUCCUUUAUCUAACAAAACCGUUCAGAACAAUUGUAAUAAUUAUAACUAUGACAAAUGGAUGUUAAAAGUUAGCGAUACCAAUGGCAUUGAAAAAUCGUUUAAUGUACUAGUAAGAAAUAAACCUCAUGGUAUACAACAACGAUUCAAACCAUCUAAUACCCCAACAGUAAUUACACCAAAAAUUGAGUAUCAACCAGAAUUUGGCUUUGAAAAAGUUAGUGAAGAACAACUUAUCGAAUAUUGGCUGGAUACAAACUUCAGAUGUCCGAGAACCAAAUUAGCAUUAGUAUCAGUUCAGCAUAACAUGGAUCUCAUGCAGGUAAAACGAAUAAUUGAAGAAACAGAAAGCGUAAGUUCAAAUGGCAACGAUCAAAAGUAUCUACAAAGAUUGUAUCUAACUCUAGACAAACUCACACAAUUAAGUAAAGGAGAAUAUGUUCUGCUUCACAAUCCUAAAAAACCAUUCCACGUUGAUCUCUACCAAUCAUCAAUGUAUGGUGGUUUCAAUUUAUUGAAUAUGUAUUUUGUUCUACAACAGACUGAAGUUUCCGAUUCAUUAGUUUGGAAUCCUAUAGACUCAAAAGUAGUAUGUCCAAUUCAUAAUUACUUCAAUAUUGCACCAUGCAUGUUCAAGCCAAAUCAUGAAGAAUUAGAUAUAAAAAUUAUAACUGAACAAGUUGACAAGUAUAAUACAGAUAAGAAAGCCAGAGAGGAUUACGAAAAUGCACAACUCCUCAGAAAAAAGAGAAUAAAAAUGGAAAAAAAUAAAAUUAAAAGAAAAUUAAAUAGAGAAAAUGAUAUUUUAUACAAAAUUAAAAGUAAUAUUAAGUAAUUAUAUACACCAUGAUAAUUCAUUGACACAAGAAAUCACAAAACAAACAUAUUUUUCAUUGUUUAUUUAGUGUCGGGUUUUUUUUUAUGAAUAAAAAUAAA